AUGCCACUGUUUCCCUAUCCGUUUCUGCCCAGUCUUUUGCAAGAUUCCGUGCUGAGAUCCGUCCAUUUCUCGGACUCAUUCAACGCAUUACGAAUCGACAAACGAUCCCGUCAAUUCUAUUUGAGAAAAGGAAUUCUACCUUCACGCAUUCACGAGAUCGAGAUUGACAUCAACUAUUAUCAUUACCGAUACAGUAAUGUAGUAAUUUCUUUUGGUUUAGGGGAUUCCCUCUGCUUAAGGGCCCGACCUUUAUCGCUCACUUCUUCAUGGUUCGCUCCGGAAUCGCUUUAUGGCCCCAAUCGGAUCUGCAUUCGAAACAAGAAAAAAGAUCGGUAUGCUCAUGUAUCAAGCAGCGAUUUUGUGGUCGAUUGGUCUCUUUUCUCGGUUCUCUCGAAAAUCACCACAUGCAAAUUGCUAAGAGUCAAGCUUUCUCCAAUAGAAAGAAAGAAAGAUGAGAACAUUUCCUGUAUGGAAUAUCUCUUCAGAGAGAAUCAACUCCUCUCGAGUCUUCAACUAGUGGCCAAGCUGAUUGUCUGUGGAAGAGAUUCUAAGGCAGCUAUGGGCGCUAAAGAGCUUCUAAAGGACUUUCUACAUCCAACUGUCGAAGAAGAAUUGAAAAUAAGCAAAGAAAUUGUUCUCAAGGAGAGAGAUUACAGAGAAAUACUCUCAAAGGAAGCUUUCAGUCGAGCCAAGUGUCUUCAUUUCAGUGAUUCUCUCCCACUCGCGGCUCUUUCCAUAAAGAAUCCCCAGUUUUACACACUCCGAUGCUACUCGAAAGAGAAAUUUCUGGAAGCUGUUCAGAAAGUUUACGAUGAGAAUUUCAUUCCCAUAUCCGAGGAAGCGAUUUUGUUAAUUUCGGUCGCCAAAUCUGUAAUUGGCGACUUAAGUCUCACGGAUCUCCUCAAAAAUGUUUAUGACGCCGAGUGGAUCGAUCCAAAGAGCGGUUUUUCAAAGAAACUAAACAAUUUGGAGUCAGUGGACGGCGAGAGUCCUCCAAUGAAAGGAAAUCCGUCCUCGUUUCAGGCAAUCGAAGAGAAGAUCAUGAGCAACCGUUUCUUGUUUUCUGUCUCGGAGCGGAAGGCCACCGGUGUUGAGUAUUUCCGCGUGAAGAGCCUAAUGUUCCUCACCGAGUUCUACUGCUUGAAAGCCGUUCAACAGAAACAAGCAGGCACAUUGCAGAAAUGUGAAGACGAUUUAAACACAAAUAUCGCAAAUGGAGUCCCCGUUUGCCAAGCCUAUGACACAUAUAUCUCAGGUUAUUCGGUUGUCUUCACGAAUGGUUGCAACUACAAUACCGGCGUUUUCUACUGUAAUAUCUUGAAGGUGGCAUUGGACUCUGUCUACAACGCUUUCGACACACAGCUCACCCCGUGUCCUGAUUAUCAU